UUCUCCUGAUCAGAAACAAACACAUCUCUCUCUCUCUCUCUCUCUCUCUCUUUCUCUCUCUCUCUCUCUCCCUCCUCCUCCGAAGCUGCUUUGCUCUGCAACUCGAUGUUCUAUAAAACCAUUCCGUUCGUCUUCGAUCUUAGAAAUCCCUACCGCCAUGAAUUCCAACAGUGAGCUCGCUCUAAUCUGAUCAAUUCCGAAGGGAAAAACGAUUAAGAAUUCAAAUCAUGUGGUUUUCGUUUUGGAAGUCCAGGGAUCGCUUCUCCUUAGACGAGCUCAGGUAUUUAACUGAUCAGCUGAUAAAAGUUCAAAUUGUGAAUGAAGUAAACAAGGAUUUCGUUAUUGAGGCGCUGAGAUCCAUUGCGGAGUUAAUAACGUAUGGAGACCAGCAUGACUCCACCUUUUUUGAAUUUUUCAUGGAGAAGCAAGUCAUGGGAGAGUUUGUACGUAUAUUGAAGGUUAGCAGAACUAUGACUGUGUCACUUCAGUUACUACAGACAAUCAGCAUUAUGAUCCAGAACCUAAAAAAUGAACACGCUAUAUACUACAUGUUCAGUAAUGAACAUAUGAACUACUUGAUAACGUAUUCAUUUGACUUCCAAAAUGAAGAGCUACUGUCGUACUACAUAUCCUUCUUAAGAGCAAUAAGUGGGAAGCUAGACAGGAAUACAAUUUCUCUGCUUGUAAAGACUCAAAAUGAUGAAGUGGUUUCAUUUCCACUCUAUGUUGAGGCAAUACGAUUUGCCUUUCAUGAGGAGAGCAUGGUCCGCACUGCCAUACGGGCUUUGACACUUAAUGUUUAUCAUGGUGAAUGAAGUGUCAACAGAUAUAUCACCAGUGCCCCUCAUGCAGAUUAUUUUUCAAACCUAGUUACAUUUUUCCGAAAGCAGUGCAUCAAUCUAAAUGCCUUGGUUUCAGACUCUAUGAAAAAUCCGGGUGCAGAGUCUGCAGACACAACUGCAUUAAUUUCUGCUGCUGUUGAUGAGAUCGAGGACAAUCUCUACUAUUUUAGUGAUGUUAUUUCUGCAGGAAUUCCUGAUGUUGGGAGGUUAAUUACAGAUAACAUCUUGAAGCUUUUGAUAUUCCCGCUGCUUCUUCCUUCACUUACAAUAAAAGCUGUCGAAGGGAUACAAAUUGGUGCUGCCACGUCUUUGUACUUGGUUUGUUGCAUCCUGCACAUAGUGAAAAUCAAGGAUUUGGCAAAUACCAUUUGUGCUGCUCUUUUCUUUCCAUUGGAUUCUUUCUUUCCAAAGUCUGGAGCUAAACCAAAUGGCUGUAUGCCUUUCUAUGGCUUUGCACAUGAAAGCCAACCGCCAGGCAGUAAUACCAAGGAAGGUGUUGGAAUAUUAAGAGUUGACGUGACAAACUUGUCAAGCUCUCCCCAAAUCCACUCAGUGGAUGUCACAAGAGAAAAUGAUUAUUGUGAUUCUCAUUUGUCUUUGAGGGAGGCUUUGAUUUCUUAUAUUGCGAGUGGGGAUGAUAUACAAGUUGCUGGUUCGUUGACUGUACUAGCUACUUUACUGCAGACAAAAGAAUUGGAUGAAUUAAUGCUAGAUGCUCUUGGAAUUCUUCCUCAACGCAAACAACAUAAGAAACUUCUGCUGCAAGCUUUGGUUGGUGAAGUCUCAGGAGAAGAGCAACUUUUUUCUUCAGAAGGUAGCUCGUCAAAAGAUGGUAUUGAAUGUGGUAGUGAGCUUGAUAGUUCUCUACAAAAGCUUAAGGAACAGUUUGGACUGUCAUGUUCUUCUCUGGAAGUGAGGGCUAGUCCUCAAGUGCAUAGAUUUCAGGUGCUUGAUGCAUUGGUCAGUCUUUUUUGCCGUUCAAAUAUAUCUGCAGAGACAUUAUGGUAUGGUGGUUGGCUUUUGCGCCAGUUACUUCCUUAUAGCGAGGCGGAGUUUAACAGCCAUCAUCUCAAGAUGCUGAAUGAUUCAUAUAAGAACUGUGCUAGUGCUCUUCUAAUGGAGACUAGAGGAGUCUGGCCAGAUCUUCUUGUAACAGUCCUCUGCGAUGAAUGGAAACGGUGCAAGAGAGCAAUAGAGGCCUUUGCCCCUCGGAAAGAGCCCAAGUGUAUUCUGUUGUCAUCUCAGAGGUUCUCGUCUGAAGAUGGUAUCACAAGUGAUUCAUCAUUUGCUGCUGGUGAAAGGAUGUGUGAGUUGGUCAAGGUGUUUGUACUCCUACAUCAACUUCAAAUUUUCUCACUUGGUAGAACUUUGCCUGAGAAACCUCCUAUUAAACCUCCAGCUGAUGCUUUUGAAUAUUCCCGUGCACAAAGUGCUGGCCUAGAUGCUGCAGGUCCAAAGCUUGGCACUGAGCUAAGACUUGUUGAUGCUGUACCUUGUAGAAUUGCGUUUGAGAGGGGUAAAGAACGUCAUUUUUCCUUCCUAGCAAUCUCUUUGGGUGCAUCUGGCUGGGUUGUUUUAGCUGAAGAGUUACCCUUAAAGGAGCCUUAUGGAGUUGUUCGUAUGGUUGCUCCUUUGGCCGGUACCAAUCCAAAACCUGAUGAUAGGCAUUCAAGAUGGUUACACUUGCGAAUCCGUCCCUCCACUUUACCGUUUGUGGAGCCUGCUAGAUAUGGUGCCUACGGGAAAGCAAAGACAAAAGCUUUGGUUGAUGGAAGAUGGACCCUAGCAUUCAGGGAUGAAGAGUCUUGCAACUCUGCUUUGUCUAUGGUUUUGGAGGAGAUGAACCUACAGAGCAAUGAGGUAGAGAGAAGAUUAAAGCCCUUACUCGACCUCGAGAACUUUGUAGAAUCUUCAAACUCUUCUCGAGAUCCUCCUCGAACUUCCUCUCCUCAUUCAACACUUUCCAAUUCUUUUUAGGUCUCCAACUUGCUUUAGUUUCUCAAUAAUAGGUUGCUAACUCGCUCUAAGAUCCUUUUUCAAACCUCCAUUCCAAGUCAAGUUUGCGUUGAUUGUGUGUGUUGGUAGUGAAGGGGUUGAAGACGGAGAAGUGACUUAUUCAUGGGGUGGGAACAUAUUAUUUUCUUAGUCACCCUUUGUAUAUUGUCCAAACAACCUUAGGUAUAUACCCAAAAAUGUAGAGUAGCACCCUCAUUUUUGUACCAUUCUUUGUAUAUUAGCUUUGCUUGUCCUGAUUUUCGAGUAUACGAGGUUUUCCCCCGCAUUCUUUAGCAGUUUUUGACCCUAGGCAUUUACUUCCAUAAUUUGUUGCCCCUUUAACAACAUUGUGUAAAUGAGUUGAUUCCGUAGUAAAGGCUUUCUGUGUAUCUGUAUUUGUACCAGAUUUAAGAUCUCGUGUGCAUGUGAUUUGAAAUUUCAUCGACGAGGAAUAUGAAUUGCUAUCCAGGCUUGUUGCUGAAGGUUUCCCGUUU